UCUCGGUAUGGGUGAGCUUUGCUCGCUGGGGAUUUUGUGAGCAGCAGAUUUGCAUAGGACAGGCUGAGGCACCUUCCUGGAUUGCCUCGGGAUAUUCCUCCUUCCUGCUUUUGUCAACACAGACCGGACCAACGCUGCCUUAACGCGCUACUCGGUAAUGCAAGCAAUGGCAGGGCCCCAGAACCAAGCGGAGGAGGUGGAGGAGGAUCUACACUGCUGGAUGCAGUCCUCACCCUCACAGGGCAGUGGUGUUGAUGAGAAGCUGGAGAGGUAUCAAUGGCCCACUGGACGAAUGGCUGAAGCCAGUCACUGUGACCAGAUGUCAGCUCCAUACACCGUUGCAUGUAAGAUGUCAGGGGAGAAGCAGAAACCAGCUUUCCAUCAGCUCGACACUGGUCACCAUCACUAUCAGACUCAGCCUGGGCCCCUGGUUAGUAACAGUGAACAGUAUGACCUCUCAUUGGCAGAAGCUGAGGGGAAGCCAAAGGAGGCUCUGGAAUCUGAGUUUAAGGACUUUGCAACGAUGAAUGAGCUUGAUUAUUCUUCACAAUUUGGAAAUGGCACAUCUUCUGACACCAGCAUGUUUUUAGCAGCUAUGAUCAAAAAACAGCGGCAGGGUGGAUGGUUGGAUCCAUGCAGCAGAUCUGAGUACACAGAGCAGAUGAAACGUGCCUCUGUUCCAGCUUCUUUAAGCAGCACGGCCUCCUCGUUAAACCUGGACCACCCUCAAGAAAUCAAGAAGGCUUUCCUCAAUGCUUCUCCGGGUGUCAGCAGCAAUCCUGAUGGUGUUUCACUCUCACAGUGUCAGGGCCGUUUUGAACUGCCCAGUAAAGAUACAGGGUACGAAUCUCAAAAUGACUUUGGAAUCGGUCACCUGGAUCCUCCUGGGCCCCUCCUCUCAGGGCUGAAUGACCUGGACCCUCCUCUCCCUCUGCAGUCCAGAGAAUUUCCUGCAGGGGGACCCCGCAUGUAUCCUGUCUUUUCAUAUCCCAGGGCCCCAGCCAUCAUUCCUCGAUACUCUCCGGGUAUACCUCAAUACGGAUACCAACAGGCUGUCAACCAAAUGCAAAGCCCUUAUGGUGUAAGUGUCCCUCCCCAAGCCUGCAAGUGUGAACAGUGCUACAAUAAGGCAUAUCAAAAUGGUCUCCUUCCUCCAUCCAUGCGAUAUAACCAAGAUGUCUCUGAGAGUGAGGUGUCACCCAUUCAGCCAUAUGGAUGUGGACUUGUUAACUCUUCCCCUCUGAACUUGGCAAGAUAUCCUUGUCAUGGAGGACCACAAGGCAACUUCAUCCAACGACCAUCACAAGCACCAGUAUAUGGGAAAUAUCCCAGUUGUGUAAAUGCCAGAGAUUUGCACUGUGAGGCAGCUGGACGUAUGAUUGCAGUUGUCCCUCAGCAUGAAGGGCUUCCUCUACAUGAGAGAGGUCACAUUGCCUGUGCUUAUCCCAUCUGCCAUACCAACACAAGGGACAGUUCCACCAGCGGCACUGAUGGACAAGGCACUCUGCGAACUGUGAACCUGCCGGAUGCAUUACGAAAGGUAUUCGUUACUUAUUCUGUGGACUCAGCUAAUGAAAUUCGUAUCUUUGUGAACUUCCUGCGUGUUAACGGUUUCGAAACAGCAAUUGACAUUUUUCAAGACUCUGUUCGUGGUAUAGACAUUAUCAAAUGGAUGGAAGGCUACCUGACCAAUAGGGAGGUGAUGAUUGUAAUCGCAAUUAGUCCAAAGUACAAGCAGGAUGUCGAGGGAACCAAGUCAGAACAACUAAAAGAUGAGCACAGCUUGCACACAAAAUACAUCCACAGAAUGAUGCAGAUUGAGUUCAUACAACAAUCAAGCAUGAACUUCAGGUUUAUACCAGUACUCUUUGCAAAUGCUACCAAGGCAAGUAAAGACUGA